CCAUUUCACGCCACCCUUUAUUUACCCUAAUCUAACAUUCACAUCACAGAAUCACACACACACAAAAAAAAACACCUCCAAAAAACACACACACCAUGGCGACGCGCCACCUCUUAAAGCUGACCCGUCGAUCUCACCGCCAGCUCUCCACCGCAGCCGCGGCGGUGUCAGCCACCCCCAGAUCUACACAGCCACUAUCACCACCAUCCCCAACCCAAAUGAUCUACGACCAAAUCUCAUCACAAGUCAACGCAAAGCUCAAAAUUUUAUCAAACCCUAACCCUAAUUUCCUAAAACACAACUCACCAAUCCCGACCCAAACAACCCACACACCAAUCUUGACUUUUCCGGAGACACGCGUCACCACGCUCCCAAACGGUCUCCGAGUCGCGACCGAGUCGAACCUGGCCGCGAAAACCGCAACGGUUGGUGUUUGGAUCGACGCGGGGUCGAGAUUCGAAACGGAAGAGAAUAACGGAGUGGCGCAUUUUUUGGAACAUAUGAUAUUUAAAGGGACGGGGAAAAGGUCGGUGCGGGAAUUGGAAGAAGAGAUAGAGAACAUGGGAGGGCAUUUGAAUGCGUAUACGAGUCGAGAACAGACGACGUAUUAUGCGAAAGUUAUGAGUGGUGAUGUUAACAAGGCUUUGGAUAUUUUGUCUGAUAUUUUGCAGAAUUCGACGUUUGAUGAACGUUUGAUUAACCGCGAACGCGGUGUUAUCCUGAGGGAGAUGGAAGAGGUGGGAGCACAAAAUGAGGAAGUAAUCUUUGAUCAUUUGCAUGCCACUGCUUUUCAAUACACUCCUCUUGGUAGGACCAUUCUUGGACCUGCUGAAAACAUUCAGAAGAUAACAAAGCAGGAUAUUCAAGAUUACAUUUCAACCCACUAUUCUGCUCACAGAAUGGUCAUUUCAGCUUCCGGGGCUGUAAAGCAUGAGGAUAUUGUAGAGCAGGUGAAGAAGAUGUUCACCAAACUAUCUACCAAUCCCACAACUACAACACAGCUGGUAGAAAAGGAGCCAGCAAUAUUCACUGGAUCAGAGGUUCGUAUGAGGGAUGAUGACGCACCUCUUGCUCAGUUUGCCGUUGCCUUCAAUGGAGCAUCAUGGACAGAUCCAGAUUCUGUUGCUUUGAUGGUCAUGCAAGCUAUGCUUGGAGCAUACAACAAGACAGCAGGAUCUGGCAAACAUAUGGGCUCACAGCUUGCUCAGAUGGUGGCGAUUAGUGAACUUGCUGAGAGCAUGAUGGCUUUCAACACCAACUAUAAAGACACUGGCCUCUUUGGUGUUUAUGCUGUUGCCAAGCCGGAUUGCUUGGAUGAUUUGGCUUUUGCCAUAAUGCAACAGAUCAGCAAACUGUGUUACAACGUCACAGAGGAUGAUGUUGUUCGCGCUCAAAAUAUGCUUAAAUCUUCAUUGCUUCUCCACAUUGAUGGUACCAGCCCUGUUGCUGAAGACAUUGGACGACAGCUGAUUACAUAUGGACGUAGAAUCCCGUGUGCUGAAUUAUUUGCUAGAAUCGAAGCUGUGGAUGCUGCCACCAUCAAACGCGUAGCUAACAGAUUCAUAUUUGACCAGGACAUAGCAAUUGCCGCAUCUGGGCCCGUGAAGCUAUUGCCAGAUUACAAUUGGUUCCGCCGCCGUACCUACAAGCUCCGUUAUUAGACCCUUGUUUUGUUUUGUUUUAUUUAUAUGUGGUCUUCGAUUUUUACCAUCAAUCUCUUGGAGCAUGAGGCAUACGCUUGCCUAAGAUGUCCUUUUGUAUGGUUAAAGACAGAUUUUAUUUCUUUUCAAGCAAGAAUAAAGCCAAGGCUUUUUUUGUAUUGCCUCUGUACAACUUCAGUUUCGACUUCGAUUAAAAGGUUUACUACUGUCAA